AUGCAGGUUCUAAAUCACUCAAACUCAAACAUCACCAGCACUUCAGUAGGGAACCAAGUUAGCACUGCAUUGCUGAGCCUCUGCUUUCUGAUAGGUAUUCCUGGGAACAUUGUAAUCGUGGUGGUCAUCUUUCGCCACUUUAAGAAGGACAAUUACACUCUGCAUCUAAUGCUGAAUCUGGCUGUCUCUGACAUCUUAUGUUUGAUCUCCUUGCCUGUAUGGAUCUAUUACUUGAACAUUGAUUGGAUCUUCAGCCAAGCUCUCUGCAAGUUUAUUUUCUUCCUUGUAUUCACCAGUAAGUACUCUGGUGUGUUGACCGUAACUGUGAUGAGUGUCCAAAGGUACCUGGUGGUUCUUCAUCGGAACUGGUGGGCCAAGCUGGGCAGUAAAAGAGAGAAAGUUCUACUCUUGAGUCUGUGGACACUUGCAUGCAUUCUCUCCAGUCCUGCAGCUGCCACAGCACACGUAAGAGAGGAAGGACAGCGCCACCACUGCUGGCGAUUCUCGGCGCCAAAUCAGGAGACUCUCGCCAUUCUCUUGUGUGAGACUCUGUUGGGGUUUGUUCUUCCGUUCUCCAUCAUAGUGAGCUCCUACUACUGCCUCCAUAAGAAGGUAAACCAGACAGCCUUCUUCAACAACCCGAGAUUGACCAAACUGGUGACUACAAUUGUGUUGACUUUUGUGAUCCUCUGGUUGCCUGGUCAUGUGGUCAAUCUUAUGAAAAUACUAGCCAUUGCCCUGAAAUCAGUUAGUCCAUCUGUCUCUGCACAACUGUAUAGCUUUUCAAACUUAAGCACAGCUAUUACAUAUAGCUUUACGUGUCUCAAUAGUUGUGUGAACCCAUUUCUUUAUGGAGCUUGUACAUUCAGACAACUUGCAAAAGAGAAGAGAACAGCGACCAGCACUCAGAACUCUGGAGGGUGA